AUGGGGCUCGCGGCGCCGAAGAGGCGAAACAAACUCGCCCACGACCCCAACAACACCGCCUGGGCCAAAGCAGACACCAACUUUGGACAGAAGAUCUUGUCUGCACAAGGCUGGAAACCGGGCGAAUACUUGGGCGCACGAGAUGCAAGUCAUGCAGAGCACUACACCGCCGCCAAUGCAUCCCACAUCAGAAUCCAGCUUCGAGAGGACAAUCUGGGCCUCGGUGCAAAGAUUGGAAAGGGCAGCGCUGAUACGUUUGGCCUGAGCUUAUACUCGGGGCUGUUGAGCAGGUUGAACGGAAAGAGCGAGGGCGAGGUCGCGCAACAGCAGCGGGCGUUGCAAGAUGCUGAGCUCAGGAACUAUCAAGCCCAGAAAUAUGGCAUGAUGAACUUUGUCCGGGGUGGGCUACUCGUGGGGGAUGAGAUGAAACCUGUGGGCUUGGAAGACACCAAGACGAGUCGAAAGAGAUCGCAAGAGGGGGACGCCGAUGGUUCUGCACGUACCUCAAAGAAGGCCAAGAAGACCGAGGGUGCAUUGAAUGUGGACAAACCAAAAGAGGAUAGCCUUGCAAAGAUUGCCAACUCAGGCGACGUGGCAACUGAGAAGACCAGGUCAGAUUCCACGACGAAGGUGGGCUCCAAGAGCAAGAAGCGCCGCACCAAAGAACACACCGAGGCCAGGGAUACCAUCGAUUCGGAUCAGCUCGUCAGAUCGGAGAAGCGUGAAAGACGAGAGAAAGAAGACAAACGAGCACGGAAAGAAGAGCGCCGAAAAAGGAAAGAGGAGAGACGACGGUCCAAGUCCAAGUCUCCAACAACAGCUAUCGACGCUACGGCAUUGCAAAGCGAUGGUCUUUCGACAACAUCCGUGCCAGCUACGAACAUCAACCGACUCGCCGUACGGCAUCGAUACAUUCAUCAGAAGCGUCUCGCCUCUCUCGAUCCCCAGGCCAUGAGAGGCAUUUUUAUGAUUUCUAGCUAG